AUGAUUUUCUUGUUCUUCCUUGUUUUGCUUAUUGGGUUGCAGACAUCAGUAAGAGCACAAACAAUAGGAGUAUGCUAUGGACAAGUAGCAGACAACUUGCCUCCAAAGGAUCAAGUAAUAAAACUUUUCCAAACAAAAAACUUUGGAAGAAUGAGAAUCUUCAAUCCAGAUCAAGCAACCUUGGAGGCUCUACGAGGUUCCAACAUCGAACUUGUCAUCGGAGUCGCGAAUGAAGACAUCAAAUCAAUUGCCAAUGAUAUUUCAUCAGCUAAUGCUUGGGUUCAAAACAAUAUCCUAAAAUUCUCUCAAGAUGUCAAGUUUAAGUACAUUGCUGUUGGAAACGAAAUAGAUCCUGCUAACAAUGAUCAAGCACAAUUUGUUCCCCUUGCAAUGAAGAACAUUGAUGCAGCACUAGCAUCUGCCAACUUGAAAUCUCAAAUCAAAGUUUCAACUGUUAUAUAUAUGGGUUUGUUAGGAAGUUCGUAUCCUCCUUCAGCAGGAGCGUUCAAUGAAGCUUCAACUUCAUAUAUGACACAAGUAGUUAGUUUUCUUGUGGAGAGUGGUGCGCCGGUUCUUGCAAAUGUGUAUCCCUAUUUUUCUUAUAUUGGUAAUAUGAAAGAUAUUUCUCUUGAUUAUGCUCUCUUUAAGCAACCAGGGAACAAUGAUGCUGGUUACCAAAAUCUAUUUGAUGCACAAUUGGAUGCAAUAUAUGCUGCUCUUGCGAAAGUCGGAGGGUCGAAUUUGAACAUAGUUGUGUCUGAGAGUGGAUGGCCAUCUGCAGGUGGAGAUGGAGCCUCUAUUGAGAAUGCUGGAACAUUUUAUACUAAUCUGAUUGCUCAUGUCAAUGGUGGUAAAGGGACUCCAGCCAAACCUGGUCAAGAUAUUGAGACUUAUUUGUUUGCUAUGUUUGAUGAAUAUCAAAAGCCUGGUGCAGAAACUGAAAAACACUUUGGUCUUUUCCAUGCUGAUCAAUCACCUAAAUAUCCAAUAUGA